AUGUCGCAUCUGACUCUGAGCAUGCGUGGUGUCAGGUUUUCAAGAAUGUCUCAGCCAACUGUGAUGACAUGCAUUGGACAGGAAGAGCAUAAAUUGAUUGUGUAUGAUGAGACAAUUGCAAUGGGAGACUCUUAUCGAGCUGCAGGGAAAUGCAAAGAAAAUAUUCAGUACUGUAUUGCUGAGCCAUUUGGUGAUGUAGAUGAAGCAGUGCGUAUCUACAAUUUGUUGAUUACCUUGAAGCAUCCAAAUCUACUCUCCCCAAUUGGUCUUUGGGCAUGUCGUGGGGGUGAUUUCAGAAAAGGGGAAGUUAAAGCGUUCAUAGCAUUUGUGCCCUUUGACGGUGCUCUGGUUGAUCUUUCAAGGGAAGAAAUAUUUUUAGUUGAGGGCAACAGCUCUAAAGCCAAAUCUUAUGGUUUCUUGCCUCAAGGUUCUAGACUGUUUUGUGACAUUCUUAAUGUUGUCGACUGCAUAAAUGGGCAGUAUGAAAAUGCCAAUGCUGCAACUUCUUUUCCUUUACGUCCACUUAAAGUUAAUCCUGGAAGAAUUGUAUACAAAAGAGUGGCUGAAGGCGAGUAUCAUGUGUUUCUAUGGGCAGAUUUCUUAAAGGAGUUCCCAAGCCACAAGAGGAAGAAAACCAAAAGGGGACGCAAAGCAUGGGCGGGGGCACGGCAUGGCCGUCUUGGCUUCUUGGGAGGCGGCGGCGAGGCUCUUCUUCGUGGUGGGGCUGCGGACGGUCGAGGACGAGCUCGCGUGCGGCUUCUGAGGGCUCGGCGAGGUCGGCUGAGGUUGAGGCGCGCCGGUGUCUCUUGGCGGUCUCCUCGCGUCGGCAAAUCGGAUCCGGCGGUCAAGGACCGGAUCCCAUGGAUCUUCGGCAGUGUAUUUGGCGUCGUGGCGGCGGCUCUGUCCAUGGCGCCAUUUGUCGCCGGAUCCAUGGGGUUCGGUAGCUGCGCCUAA